UGACUUCACACUGGUGGUUCCCAGUCAGAACCCAAACAUUCUGUAGCGAGAAGAGCUCCUUAGUUGCUCAGAGAAAUAUAGGACAGAUGCUAGCCUACAACUAAAUACUUCCUUUCAUCCAUACGAUAACAAACUAGCAGUUUUGGAACGAUGGACAAGGUUCAAAGUUCUUUCACCAUUUUAUUUUUGUUUUUAAUGGAAUUCCCACUUCAUUUGUGCUUGCCUUAUGCAGGUGAGUUCAAACAAGUUGGACAGACAACACGCUUAAUGGGUCACUUCAAGCAUGUUUUCACUUGUUUUAGAGGAAGUAAAAAGGAGAAUUUCAAUUAUCUCACGUUCAAGGAGCUUUCUCAAAACACAGAGAUGAGUCAUUCUCCAGCACAUACUACACCCACGCCAUUCCCAGGGCGUACUGAUAAUGGGAGAAGUGAUACACCUGAGCCUACAAAAAGCAUCCAAGGUUUUGUAGCACAUUCAGUGGGCCUAAAUACCAACCCCAAUACAGCGCUGAUUCCUCAUAGACCUGCUCUUGCUCAAGUAAUUACAAUUGCGUGUAUAGCCUUCAGUAUUGCCCUGAUAUGUGGGAUCACUAUUUCCUACAUGAUAUAUCGACUGGUACAGGCUGAGGAAAAACAACAACUUGCGUCACUCUAUAAAAAUGUCAAGAUACCAUUAUUAGGAGAUGAAGAGGAGGGCUCUGAGGAUGAGGGCCAGGAUGAGUCCACGCACCUCCUUCCAGAGAGUGAGAAGGAACUGGAAAAGUUCAUUCAUUCAGUCAUUAGAUCAAAAAGAAGAAAACAUAUGGAAAAGAAGAGAUUGAACACAGAGCAAAAGUUGGUAAAGGAAGUAGAAAUAAAGGAUGCUAUACAUACCGCAAAUCCGGGGCGUCUGUGAAAAGAAAUGAAAGAGAGGCAGGACAUGCCAGCCAGUGUGGAGGAAACAGUGACAGAUGACAGAACGUGAGCAUGACUUGCUCCUGGAGAACCUUGUGCAAGAGCACUCUAAAGGAAGAACACCAGACGUAAAAACAGGAAAUAAAUUCAU